AUGGAUCUGGAAAGAGGUGUUUCCAAUAUCAAAAUAGACGACAAUCUGUGGCGGCCUCAACAUGAUCAAACCUCACAAGCAUGGGGUGGACCAAUGCCAGGAGCAGCUUCAGGAAGUAAUCCAGGAGGAUGGGGGCAUAUGAGUCCACAACAAAUGAGGAAUCCAUGGCCAGAUGGCAAUUUAGCUCAAAACGUAAAUGACGCUCUCGGUAUUAGCGGCCCUCCAGCCCAGGGAUGGGUGCCAAUGAGUGGUGCUCAUGCAGAUUUCAAUGAUAAAAUUUGGAGCGAUGCUCAUGCUGAACCUCAACAGUUCCAGUCUAUGCAUAAUCAUCACAGAGGAAUAAAUGGAAUGAUGGACGCGCCUGGUGAUUGGGGCGCUGCAGGACCUAAUCAGUCACAUCAACAGAUGUGGAGUGAUCCUCAAAACCUUAAAGCAGAACAAGAUGCCUAUUGGAAGCAACAGCAGCAGCAACAGCCUGGUAACACAUGGGGAAUGUCACGAGGUGGCCCUAUGGGUGGAUUCCAUAUGGGACCUCCAAACAAUCAUCCAAGAGUACAUGAGGGUCAGAUGGGUGUAAUGAUGGGAAUGAGAGUUCCUGGUCCAAAUGGAUGGAAUCCUCCUCCAGGUGUAUAUAGACCACAAGCUCCUUCAGAUAGAAAUAUUUGGGGACGUGGUGGAGGUCCUCCAAGGAUGUCUGGACGCGGAUAUCAUCCAGGCGGAGUUGAUAUGAGUGUUCCACCUCCAAUUGAUAUGCCUGGAGAGAUGCAUAUGCAAGGAGUUAAUCAAAUGCGUCAAAUCCCACCUCCUAAUAAUAUGAUGGGUGGUAUGUGGAAGCAAGAUCCUAUGGGACCAAAUGGAAUGCGAUCAAACUCAUACGGACAGUCUCAACAAGUUCCAUCACCUUUUGCUAUGCCAUCUAAAUCCCAAGCUCCCCCUGGUCAAUUCCCAAUUGCCGGAGCAGAUGACUUAAUGUGGCACGAUCCCAACGGAGAUUUGAAGAAGUGGCAACGGGAUACUGGGGUAUCUCUAUGGGGAGAUCCAGAAAAAUGCAAUGAGAGACCUGUUCGCCUUUGGGUUGUACCAGAAGGUGAAGAAGAGGACAUUGAAGUUGCUUUAAGCAAAUGUCCUAUUCCUCAGAAAAGAAAUGAGGAUGGUAGUGCUCGCUUGCCACUAAGUUUACCUACUAAACGCCCAAUUGUUGUCACUGGAUGGGGAGAGCUUCCUGAAAAUGACCCUAACAAUCCAUCUAAACAAGGUAAUGAUGAUCUAAUUCGUUUUUGGGGUGAUAUUACUCCUGUGCCUUCAAAUGAUGCUCCAUGGUAUCUCCCUAGCCAACAACAAAGCAAUUUCGCCGCCGACACCUCUGCCUGGGGGCAACCUCCUGCUACAGAAAACUCAAAUUUUGCACAUAAGCACAUUGCUGACCAGCUCAAAUAUGCCGUUGAAAAAGGCUAUCUCGACAUGUCGAUUCUUUCUCUUCCCACACUGCCUCCUCAUGUUCUCCAAAAUAUAACGAGUCUAUUGACGAAAAUUCCUUUGCUCGAAAGCGUUCAAAAUGAACUUAAGACAUUGACUGAAAGUGUUCGCCCUGAGGGUGAACUAGAAGGUAGCAGUCCCGUUCGUUGGAUGAAUGAAGUGCAAAAGGUUGAUUACAACCGCCUCAUCAUUGAUGUAACGACGGCUAAUAUAGAAGUUAGUGAUCUUUCGAAGAAGAUUAGUACAGGUCUUGCUGAUGCCGGUAUGGCUCCUAUGCCACAAGAUAGUAACAGAGGAGAGGCCUAUCAUUAUUCCUUUUUGGAAUAA